AUGGAAGAUUCUAGACCGUUUCCUUUCGCCGGUAAUCUUGACCCUCGAGCUCAAGAGUUCCUCCCACUAAACCCUAUCUCCUCACGUUUCUACUAUCCGUACACUUCUCCGCCGCCUCCUCCGUCGUACGGAUUAUCUCAGACAGAUCCUAGAGUUUUCACGUUCUUUAAUCUCCCACCACAUCCAAUGAUGUUUCCUCCUCCUUCACCUCCACCACCACCACCUCGUCUUUGUUUUAACGGCGUUUCGGCUGUAUCUCCACCGUCAAACUCUCCAACGCGAUCACUCUCUCUGGUCUACGUGCCCCGUGACGUCACGGAGUCCACGGUGAGACGUGACCUGGAGGUAUUCGGCGACGUUCGUGGCGUGCAAAUGGAGAGAAUAUCAGAAGGAAUCGUGACCGUUCAUUUCUACGAUCUUCGUGACGCUAAAAGAGCUGUUCGAGAGAUUUGCGGUAGACACAUGCAGCACCAAGAAAGACUCGGUGGUGGCAGUAAAGUUGGAAAAAGCGUUUGGACCUCACCUUCAUCUUCGGCGCGUGGGUUUGUUUCCGGUAGACCUGUGUGGGCCCACUUUGUAGUUCCGGCUACAAACGCUUUACCCGGUGGUUGUAACCAAGGAACGUUGGUGAUAUUUAACCUAGACCCUGAUGUCUCUUCCACUGCUCUCAGACAGAUUUUCCAUGUUUACGGUUCGAUCAAAGAGUUGAGAGAGACACCAUACAAGAAACAUCAAAGAUUCGUCGAGUUUUACGAUGUAAGAGAUGCAGCGAAAGCCUUAGACCGAAUGAAUGGUGAAGAGAUUUAUGGGAAGCAAGUUGUGAUUGAAUUUAGCCGACCAGGCGGGUGUAAGAACAAGUUCACGCCGUUUAGGCAGCCGAAGUUACCAUUUCAACCGCGACCAAUUCUAACCCCUACUCCUUUGAGGGAGUCUAUUACUCUGAUGGAAGAUAAUAGCAAGAAUGUGACGAGCCCUAAUAAUGGAGUUGAUGUUGUUGAAGCUUCUAUGCGUGAGUUGUGUAACGUCGAGGAUGAAGCAGAAUCUGAAGUAAAGAGCAAGAACGUGGCUAAGUUGGGGAAGAAAAAACAGAUGAAGAGGAUGGAGCUAAGUCAGUUUCUUAUCAGUGAAGAAACCAUUGAUGUUCCAAGUUGUAGAGAUCCACGUACCACUUUGAUGAUCAAGAACAUACCAAACAAGUACAGUCAAAAGUUGCUGUUGAAUAUGCUGGACAAUCACUGCAUUCACAUCAACGAAACUAUCACUGAGGAGAGGGACGAACAAGAAGCUCAUCAUCAGCCACUUUCUUCUUAUGAUUUUGUGUAUCUACCAAUGGACUUCAACAACAAGUGCAAUGUUGGUUAUGGGUUUGUAAACAUGACAUCUCCGGAGGCAGCAUGGAGGCUUUACAAGGCGUUUCAUCUUCAACGUUGGGAGAUUUUUAAUUCGCGAAAGAUUUGCCAAGUCACAUAUGCGAGAGUUCAGGGUUUGGAGGAUCUAAAGGAACACUUCAAGAGCUCAAAGUUUCCGUGCGAGGCUGAACUUUACCUUCCGGUGAUCUUUUCGCCUCCUAGAGAUGGGAAGCAGUUAACGGAACCUGUGUCCAUCCACAUCAACGACAGCACCGGGCUCAAUACUAGACAUCAUCUUGAGCCUAUGGACGGUCAAGAUCACUCUGUGGGUGGAUCAUGUUGCGGCAGUGACAAUGAUAACAGUCAGACUCAGGAAGAUGGAUUAUCCGGAAGUAGCGUAGACGGUGGGCGGAGUUUAACGGUGGUAGGAGAGACGUCUUUCUAGAUGUUGUUUGUAAUGUAAACCAUAAAAUAUAUGAAGUGUAAUUAUACAAAUUAUGUUAUUUAGGUUUAAUGCUUAUCGUGUUUGUCUCAAAUCUGAAUUUUA